AUGGUAUUUGAAAUUGGGACCAUUGUAUUGGCAAAAGUCAAAGGCCAUCCUUGGUGGCCUGGCACGGUUGAAAAUUAUAAGGAGCUACCAGAAAAUAUUAUUAAAAGAAAACGAAUAGGUCGAGAUGGUCGAGACUUGAUUCCUAUAAAAUUUAUUGGAUCGUCAGACUACGGUUUGCUUAUGGAAGGCAAUCUUAAACUAUUUACAAAUGAGGAUGCUAAUGGUAUAUUAAAAAAGCAUAAAAAAAAUAGCAGAUUGGUCGGGGCGAUCAAUAAAGUGCAAGAAAAUUUAGCAUCAGAAAAAAACAAGGCUACCAGUAGUAGUAAAAUCGAACAGCUCAAAAUUGCUGAUCCAUACAGAAGAUAUUAUAGCAAUAGUAGCAAUAGGAACAAGAUUAAAUAUGUCAAUCACAAUAAUAAUAGUGAAAAUAGAGUUGGUGACAACCAAGCCAGUGCUAAUAAAAUUAGGCCCAAAAGAGGUCGUAAACCAAAGAGAAAAAAUAUAAAAAAGCAUAACAAAUCUUCUGGACAAAAUAUUGGUGGUGGUGAUAUUGCUGUUGUUAAUGCUGUUAACAGAAAAAACAAAAAACGAUCACGUGCUGAUCUAUCUGAUGAUGAGAAGGAGGAAGUGGACAAUAAUAGUAUUGUCAAGCGUAAAAUUAAAAGAAGAAACAUUACUACUUCUGAAGCUGAAGUCCCUGUUAUUAGAAAAUCCUUGAGACUUCAAAAUGUUAAUACGAAUGGAAAAGUCGCGAAAGAGCUUAAAGAAACAGACAAAAUAAUAACAACAACUACUACCAAUGGAAAUCAAAAGGGACAGACACAAUUAGCAGAUAAAAUUGUUAGAGAUGAUAAGAGAUUACUUCAUUUAAGACAUAUAUUGCAAAAAUUAGCACUUCGAGAUGAAAAAGAUGAGGUUGAGUUGAAAAUAAUCGAUGAGGCAAUUAAAGAAGUUGAGAACUCAUUCAUAACGAUUGAAAUUUUAAAGAAAAGUAAAAUGGGCAUUGUGAUGAGAAUGAUUUCUGAAAAAUCAUUUAAUGAAGAUCAUUAUAAGAUUGUUGAAAGAUCCCAGAAUCUUGUAAAUAAAUGGAAGGAAAUGUUAUCAAAACAAUUUCCAGAAGAGAAUUUAUCUUUUGAAAAUGAAGAAUCACAAAAAGAAGUAUCAUCUUCUCUAGCAUCAUAA